AUGAAGACCUGGUGCGUCACAGCUGUGUUGCUGCUGUGCGUCGGCAUCUCCGUCGGACGGCAGCUUCAGCAGGGCUCCACUCCGAGCUCAGGAGGCAACACAGCCACCGCCCAAGCCACAGCAACAGCAACCGCAUCAGUUGGCGGCGGCCAGAUCUAUGCCAUCGAUCCCUGGUCUCUUGGGAAAAGCUAUGCGCCGCUGACUGUGGCUGCAAGUUCGCGCAUCCGCUUCAACUGGAACAGCCGCCACGGAGUUUACAGAAUUCCUAGCGGCAGCUGCCCCUCGAGUUUCUCUCCUGGAAACGGCAUCAUUGCCCUUGCACCAGCUUCCAAUGGAGGCAGCUUCACAACUCCCCCGCUGUCUCCCGGUGUCUACUGGUAUGCAUGCCCGGUUCCCACUCACUGCCCCUCCGGCAUGAUUUUCAAGGUGACCGUGGUGUGA